AACGCGGAUGUGACCGAUGGUGUGGCGGUGGUGUGGAGUAGUGAGGUCGUGGGGUGGCAGCAAGGUCACAUAAAAAGUCAACCUGUUGUUUAUUUAGGUGCCAGUUCAGAUAAGUCAAGAUUCUUAAUAUACAUGGUGUGGGGAAGUGGAAGUACUUGAUAAACAAUCAUAUCGUCUGAGAGUGACAAGUGGGGGACAGUAGUCAGAAAAGUGAGCUGUUGUGCAAGGAGUGGAAAGUGGAUCAUUGACGGCGCGGUCGUGGUUGACAGCGGUCAUGUGGCUUUGCUAAAGUGGGCAGGCAUUCAUGAUAUUUUUCGUUCUCCAAGUGUGCCUGCCUCCUGAGAACUAGAAGAACUGCAGAAAUGUACUCACUGAGGAAGUGGUUCUACAGGCCAAAGAGGACAGACACAUCGCUGUUUGCACAGUUCUUCUUUGCUGAUGAUGAGUUGAACAAGGUCACCCAGGAGCUGGACAGCUUUGAUGGCAGGAAGGACCCGGAGAGGUGCACACUUCUGGUGAACCAGCUCCGGGCAUGUCAGGACAAGGUGCUCAGCAUCUGCAACCAUAUGAUGGACGAGGUGGUGGGCGAGGAUCGGGCGCCGCGCGACUUUCGAGCCAAGUUUCCCGACGACGUGCUGCAGGAGAACCUGGCCGGCCAGCUGUGGUUCGGUGCCGAGUGUUUGGCGGCCGGCUCUUGCAUCAUGAAUCGGGAAAUGGAGAGCGCUGGAAUGCGUCCGCUGGCCAAGGCUGUCACCAAGAGUCUGGAGAAUGUCCGCGUCAUGCUGCGCGAACAGUGCCUCAAGUCACCUCAGGAGUUCACGGAGAAGCUGUGUGAGUCGCUCAAGAUCUUUGAUCGUCUGUUUGCCGAGUUCGAACUGCGUUACGUAAGCGCAAUGGUGCCGGUCAAGUCCGCCAAGGAGUACGGCCUCAUCCAGAACGUCAUUGCACUGUUCUCUGAGACCGUGCAGAGGGCGUUGCGGUUGGGUCUGCUCAGCCAGGAGCAGCUGGACCUGUACGACCCGGCGCUCAUGUUCACCAUCCCGCGGCUGGCCAUCGUCGCCGGCCUGGUCAUCUACCCGGACGGGCCUCUGCGGCUGGACCAGGACAUCGCCGACAUCUCGGAACUCUUCCGGCCGUUCAAGAACCUGCUGUGCAAGAUCCGCGAGCUACUCUGGACGCUGAGCAAAGCCGAGCUGUACGCGCUGGAGAAGGCGCUGUGCUCGGUGGACGAGCCGAUCGCCACGGUGGCGGCCGAGGCGCCCAGCGCGCCCGAUGCCUACCCUAUGCCCGACAUCGACGCCUUCGUGGCCGAGUUCUACGCGCGUAACCCGGGCUGCCGGCGCAGCGUGAGCCGCGCCGCCUGCCGCGAGACGGAGGCGCGCCUGCGCCAGUUUCACCUGCACAACGCCGUUCACUGGUUGCCGUUACGCUCGAUGCUGCUCGCAUGUGUACGAAUAUUUGGAACUGCCUUGCCUGCUCUCACCCAUCGCUGUGCUGCUGGGCUCCCCCUUUUCGCUCCCGUUCCAAUUGCCGUUCCUGUUCCCGUUGCCGAUCCCGAUCCCGUGGCUCGUCGGUGCUGCGCGCUCCCUCCGUCACCGUUCGCUGCUCCGUUUGGCGGCCGUCACCCGUGUGACGCGGCGCCGCGCGGCCACAGGCUGGACCAGCGCCGGGACGUGGAGCGGGCUGUGGGCGCCAUCCUGGAGGACCUGGUGGGUCUGGCCGUGGCCGAGGCCGAGCGGCGCGCCGAGGCCGAGCCCCCGCCGCCGCCGCCUCCCCCGUCGCCGCCGCCGCCGGCGCAGCCUGCCCGGCCUCACGGCCGCUACCGCAAGAAGAAGCUGACGCGUGCCUGCGCCGGCUCCGGCGGCCUGCUCUACCAACACAACCACUGCGACCGGACGCCGGCUGGCGCGUCGACGCCGGCGGAGCACGGCCAGCCGUCGUCGCCGUCGUCCUCGACGUCGAGCGACGAGGACCGCGCCGGCCGGAGCGACGACCGCGAGAUCGCGCUGGCCAUCCAGGCGGCCGAGAUUGCCACCCGCAACCGCGCCCGCGCCCGCUUCAAGGACAGCCAGGAUCUGAUCCACCGGCUGUUCGUGUGUAUCUCGGGCGUGGCCGAUCAGCUGCAGACCAACUUUGCCUCCGACCUGCGCAAUAUCCUCAAGGCCGUCUUCCAGAUCAAUGCUACGCCCGAGGAGUCGUCCAGUGGCGAGCUGAGCCCGUCGUGCGGCUCGGUGGACUCGGCCGAGGAGGCCCUCUCGACGGACACUGUCAUCGACGUGGUGGAGGUGGGCGGCGAGCCACCGCCGCCGCCGCCACCACCGCCCCCGCUGCUCUCCGAGGAGUCGCACCUGGCCAGCAACAUGCGUGUGGUCGGCGAUCACAUGGAGGCCGAGGUGCUGGUGCACGGUAGCAUCGGCAUCAGCGGCGAGGCCGGCCUGGUGCAGCAGCUGGCGCCCGAGUGCAUGCAGUGUGGUCAGGCGUUCACGGUGAUGCGCCGCCGCCACCACUGCCGCCGCUGCGGCCGGGUGUUCUGCUCGCGCUGCAGUGGCGGCGUGCUGCCGCUGCCGCAGUACGGACACGUCAGCGCCGUGCGCGUGUGCGAUGAGUGCCUGGCGGCCGAGACGCAGACCUGAGGCGGACCGGCGCCGGCCGCCGCCACUGGCGGCGAGCCCGCCGCCGGCCGCCACGCAAACGCUGCCUCCCGCCGGAGCGAACAGUCGUUACUGUUAGCCAAGGUCAAUACUCGACGAGUUUUGUAUUUUGUCCAAGUUAGUCCCGGUGCGUCCCUAUUUUCGUGACGGCGAAGAGGAGUUCCUGUUGGCCGCCGUGUCCGAUGUGUACGCUGUUAUCGGGUGGGAGCUUGUAGUCGGUUCGGUCCGCUAUUGACCCGGUGCCUGCCAUGGCCCGAGCUGGAGCCGUCAGGUACGCUUGUGUGCAGUCUUAUUGAUUGCCAUUGCUCGGGUCUCAUUUAGGCAAGCCGGUGCGGACUGCGACAGUUGUUUGUUAGGCGUCCGCUCGACGGUGCUCAGUUCGCAGCGCGGCAUGGACUCGUCAGCUUCUCGCGACAGCAGGCGCUGCUACUUAAAGGUCGUCCCGUCUCCGAUGCCGCUGCGGCUGCGGCGGCGGCGGCUGUCACAAAAGGUUACGUGCGUCACAAACCAGUCGUGACCGCCAGGUCUCGCGUGGGCUCGCGUGCGCACGGCGCAUGGAUCGACUGCUCAAUCGGCGCGCGGCGGACGCCUGCCUCGGGAGGACCCGUGUAGGGGAAGGGCCCGGACGGGGCCAUGUCACGGCGACUUUUGGGGCGGGACGCGCGCGCCCGGCGCCGGACCGGCCUGUCUGCGGCCGGGCCGCCAGGGCUAGCUACUUAAGCGGCGCGCGGGCCGCCGGGCGACGCCGCCUUCGUGAUACCGGCGCGCCUCGGCGUCGCCCGCCGGCGUCCUUGUACUCACGCCGCCUGCCCGCGUCCGACACGUUUUAAUUUGGGACGCGCUACUGUGAUAUCGACGGCGACCAGGCGUUUAUGCAUG